AUGAGCGUUGGCAUAGAUCAGGAGGAUGAGGAUUUCACAAAAUUGUCGUUGGAUGAAAGGCUGGCUCACAAACUGUGGAAGGCGCGAUUACACGCCUAUCAGGAGCUGCUUGCGACGUUUCAAGGGAGCCAGCGUGACAGGAAUAGCAUUGUGUACUGGAGUGACCCGGAACAGUUUGCAAGAUACGUUACAGACUCUAAUGUGGCAGCACAGGAGCAGGCGGUGCUGGCUCUCGAAGCGCUUUUGCGCGGAGGUGGGUUACCCGCCCAGAAUGUGGACUUGAGCCAGGUUAUUUCACUAUGGGUGUCUGCGUUGGUCGAAAAGGCGCUUACAUCAUCGAGGGCUGCCACCCGGACCAAGGCUUUGGACUGUAUCCUGUUGCUAUGUGCAUACGAUGAAUCUAUUACGCGGUCGGUGCGCGCGGUGUUACCGUUUUUCCAGAAUAAACUGCCGAAAUUGGUGGCGGCGUCAGUAAAUUGUGUCGCGGAGCUGGUUAAGUCAUACCAGUUUAUCAAUACAGAGGUGAAUGUACUGCUUGCGGAUAUAUUAGAGCCCCUGGUUAAAUUAGCGGGUCAUGCUGACCGUAACGUUCGAGGGCAGACUAUGUCGCUUGUUGUCGAGAUCUACAAUGCCACGGGAAGAAGUAAAGUCCUACUCCAAGAGAUGCUGUUGGACAGACUGAAGCCGAUACAACAGAAUGAUUUACAAAAAUUGUUCGAUAAAGCUUCCAAUGAGCCUGCGGAAAACCAGCCACGACUGUCGUUUCGCUGGCAGGAAGCCCAGCGAGUGGAUAAGGACGGUGAUACUCUGAUGGACAUGAAGCCCGUUUCACCGCAAGAGAUGGAGAGCAAUGGCCUAUCGCGUGUCAAAAACAUCGGAGAAAAAAUUGAGAUAGACCCCUUCGAUCUUUUGCCGGAGCAAACGAUUCUCGACAAACUACCAGUUGAUUUCCAUGAAAAGAUCAAUUCUACGAAAUGGAAGGAUAGAGUGGAAAGUUUGCAAGAGUUUUGGAAUCCCACUGUAUCGAGCGUCAAAAAACUGAAAUCCAGAGGCCAGGAUUACACUGAGAUUUUGAAUAUACUGGGUCAUAUAGUGCAGAAAGACGCAAAUGUGCAGGCCGUAACAAUUGCGGCACAAUGCAUUAAGACAAUUUGCGAGAAAUUAAGAACACCUGGUUUCACAAAGCAUUACGCGUCUCUUGUGUUCGUGCCAUUGCUGGAACGGACCAAGGAGAAGAAACCCUCAGCAAUAGACUCGAUAAGACAAACGCUUAAAGUUAUAUGCCACUUCUACAAUCCACUAAAUCCUACUGGUCAUAAUGAAGACAUGUUACAAGAGAUAUUAGAGUUUAUGAAACACAAGACACCACAGGUCAGAAUGGAGGCAACUAAUUUAUUCACCUUUGUCAUUAAUGAAAUAAACGAUGGUGAAGUAAGAGUGCUCAAAAAGUAUCUUGAAGAUGAGAUUAUUCCAACUGUCCUAAAAAUUGUAAACGACACACAACCCACUAUAAGAAAUUCCGGCUUCGAGUGUUUUGCGACUUUGAUUCGACUUUUGGGCAAAAGGGAACUCAGCAUACCAUUAGAGACACUAGAUGGUUUAAAGAGAAAAAAGAUUCAGGAGUUUUUGAACGGUCUGCCGGCUGUGACAGAGAGGAAAGAGAAUGUCUUAACCAAUGAAACUUCAAGGCCGAGCUCAUCCCCUCAUCUGUCGACGAUUCCAACAAAGAGGGGUCCAAGCUCACCUUUACAAAAAGUUGCCAAAGCUAGUUCACCGAGUGCUGCUAGAUCGCGAGUCCUGUUAACAUCUAGAUCUCUCGCGACAUCGCAGCAAGCGAUAUCCCCAGGUCCUCCAUCGGCAGUCACAAAGGAGGUGGAGCGGUCAAGAAGGGAGAAACAGGAGUGGAUCAGAGAGCGCCAUCAGCUAAUCAAUCAGAUUAACAACCUAACCGGUUUCCAAACAGAACUAAGUAAUGAAAAUGAUUCGUUACGGGAACAACUGAAGAUGGCACAGACGAGCCUUCACGAGAAGAACCUACAGAUCAGAUCCAAAGAGCUGCAAUUGAGCAAGCUGCAAGAUCGGGUGGCACAGCUGGAAGCCGAACUAAAGCAACAACAACAGCAUCCUCAAGGCCGCAUCUCCUCAUCCGAUGCUUCAGCGGUCUCAACGAAUUUGGGUGUACGGUCAUUGUCAUCGUCAUCAUUCGACCCCAAGACAACAAAGAGCAAACAUUGUCGAACGCCCAGCGAAUCCAGUGACGACUUACCGCGUCGUGUGGACUCUCUUCAAUUGAACAAUGAGAUGCUCAACGAGGAAAGCUGGAAGCGAGCCGCGGAGGUUACUUCGCAGCUCAAAGCGAGGAUCGAGAGAAUGAGGGCCAAGUCAAAGGGGGUAAAUAGCAAUGUUUGA